AUGGAUGUUAAGUGUUUCCUGUGGUGGUUCCGAGAUUUCAUUGUUAGUGUGUCGACCUUCAGUUGUUACAUCCAGUUACUGUUUGAAUGGCAGGACCGCCGGAAUUCAGUACGUUUUAUUAAUGGAAGCUCUUUAAAUGAAGGCCGAGUCGAGGUUUUGUUGAAUGACGAAUGGCAUAGUGUUUGUGGCAGCGGCUGGGACAAACGCGAGACUAAUGUGCUUUGCAGAAGCCUUGGGUAUUCCGGAGGUCUGCCGGCUUUGUCGUCUGUGUUUGGAGAAGGAAGUGGACAAUCGCGGAUGUUGGGUAAUGUCUACUGUAAUGGACUUGAACUUUCUCUGUUCGGGUGUCGUCUUUCAGUAGUUGCAUCCAGCAGCUGUGUUAAUGGCGGACACGCUGGAGUCGUCUGUUACCAUGCAUUAAAUGAUUCAGUGAGAAUUGUUAAUGGGAGCUCUUCAUAUGAAGGCCGAGUCGAAAUAUAUCUAGGUGGACAACAGCAUAGUGUGUGUGACAGAGGAUGGGGCAAAAGGGAAGCUGAUGUGACUUGCAAAAGCAAUGGUUUUUCCGGAGGUCUUCCGGCUGUAUCAUCAUUAUUUGGAGAAGGAAUAAAACAAAUAUGGAUGUUAAAGGGUGUUUACUGUACCGGAACUGAAACUUCCUUGUUGGGAUGUUACUUUUCUGUAGUUAAAUCAAGCAGCUGUGUUAAUGACGCACACGCCGGAGUCCUUUGUUACCACUCAGGAAAUGACUCAGUAAGAAUUAUAAAUGGUAGCUCAACCAAUGAAGGCAGAGUUGAGACUUUUCUAGGUGGGCAAUGGCGUGGUGUUUGUGACGGAGGUUGGAACAGACUUGAUGCUACAGUUACAUGUAGAAGCACUGGGUAUUCGAGAGGUUUUCCAGUUCUAUCCUCCUUCUUUGGUGAGAGCAAUAGCACAGUAUGGCUGGGUGAUGUUAAUUGCAAAGGAAAUGAAGAUUCACUGUUCAACUGCCGGCUAUUAUCUUCAGUCAUAUCUAGCAAAUGCAAUUCUGACGGAAGAAAUAUUGGAGUCGUUUGUUACAAUACGUCAAAUGAAAUAUUGAGAAUAACAAACAGAAAUUCCACGAACGAUGAUAUUAUAGUAAACCCAAGUGUUCUUGUACGUGGUACCUGGGUGGGGUUGUGUAAAGACAGCUGGGAUGACAGAGAAGCAAAAGUUAUAUGCCGGAGUCUCAGUUACUCCGGUCAUGGUGGAUUGAUGUACAGCAGACAGGACAGAAAUUCAUUUGGGGAUCUCUUCAUUAAAGAUUUCCGGUGUAAAGGAACCGAGCAAACAUUAGCUGAGUGUGCAUCUGGAGUUAUUGGUCCGGAUGUUUGCAGUGUUUAUGGUGAAGUGGGGGUGCAAUGUCAUACUGACGUCAGAAAUUUUACUAGACUCGUAAAUGGAUCAUCAAACAAAGAGGGGCGUGUAGAGGUGUUUAUAAAUGGGAAGUGGGGCACUGUUUGUGAUGAUAGCUGGGGACAUGAAGAUGCAACCGUGGUGUGCAGAAGUCUUGGAUAUUUAGGAAUCUCAACUGCUCACAUGUCCGCUUAUUUUGGACAAGGACUGGGUUCAACAUGGUUGGAUAAUGUUAACUGCAAUGGUAGAGAAGUUUCCAUAUUCGAUUGUGAGCACAAUGGCUACGGAAUAGAAAACUGUGGUCAUAAUGAAGAUGCUGGUGUAACAUGUACAUAACCUCUUUAUAACUGG